CGAAAGUAGUCGAGAUAAUCUCUGACGUUGCGAAUGGCUGUCUCGAAGAAGUCGGCCUGUAUCCUGGGAUUUUCCAACAUAUUACCGAGCUUGAAGAGCGCAACAAACAUCUUCACGCCGACAACGCGAAGUUGUGGAGAGACAAUCAAACGCUUGCCCGCAUGGUAGCCCAACAACGAGAUCGCCUCGCAUUCACGACCAUGGCAGAUGCGGACAAGAUCCAAUAUAUCGAGCAACUACAGAUGCAGCUCCAACAACUCAAAUCGGAGCGGGUCGCGAUCAUCCACAGGGACGAUACUAUUUUACGCGGAAUGAGUGCAGAUCAAGCCUACCAGCUGGUAUUUGCGGAACUCCAGACCGCCAAGCAGCAUCACCAAUCGGCGAUGGCUGAGAUUGUACAUUUGAGGAAUUUGCUGGCUAUGUAUAGUCAAACUAAGGCGUUAGCUGACGCUGAGAAAGCUAUGAUCAAAGCCUCGUCCCAGCCUUCGCCAUCAACAGCAGGACCUUCAGUGCAUACCAAGUCGGUCGUACAGUCACCCGCACAUCACUUUGCGCCAAUCUCCCAAACUUCACGUAGAGCAUCCGAAGGAUUCAACUUCGAUAAUCCAGUGAUGGGACGAGCUACCGAGUCUGGCAGGCGACAGAGCAUGCCCGCGGCCGUGCAAGGCAAACCUAUCAGCACGGCACAACCCGGGUUCUUCAGUGCAACGUCUGCGAUGCCAGGGCCUACUUCGACUGCGCCAAAUCAACUUCAACCGCAGGUACAAACCACACAACCCUCAGCACUGCGCACGAUCGACAGCGAUGUAAACAGAGUUUUUUCUAUUUCGUCGGCCCCGACCAGUGUACCUCAGCUUUCCUCUGCCCCCGUGCCUAUCGGCCCUGAAUCAACGCAUCCGCCGCGUUCCUCGUCUGUCGUAUCCGUGCCCAAGAGCAAUCCAUCGCACGAGGAAGGGUCGCCUGUCGUUCUUGUUCCGCAACCUUUUCAACAACGUUUCACAACCCUGGAUGGUGCUCUAGGAGAGCCCACCCAAGGAGGGGCAUCUGACGCUGCGGAGAGUGGAGCUUCGAAGAAACGCAAGCUCGAUCCAGAGUUUGAUGAGCCGUCUCAAACUACUAUCUCGAAUACCCCACAAGCAGAUGUCAGCCCUCCGGAUCCGGUCAAAACAGAGGCUGCUGCGGAGGAGGAGCAUGCAUUGCAACAAGUCGAUAUGAUCAUCGAAGACGCUUUGGUCGACAAUGGUGCUGCGGUCGAUGAACCGGACUCUAUCGAAGACUCCGUUGCUGCGAUAUUCGAGGACGAAGACCCCACGACAGGAUUGAGAGAGUGCAGGUUGUGCAAUAUGCGCCACGAGAUGGGCUUGAUGGAUGAGGAAAAACCGACGUUCUUACGAAGCACUCUCGAUCAGCUCGUGGACCAUUGCAUCAGAGAGCACGAGCAGGUGUGGAAAACGCUCCGCAACGGCGCAGAGCCAGCGUAGGCAAUUUCCCUCGACCGUUGGCCCGUCUGCGUCAAUUGCUAUGUAGUCGUGAAACACCAUUCAUCACCUUCACGGAAUCCCGGAAAUAAUAUUACCGCUACGUUCGUCUAAUGUAGAUGUACA